CAUUCCAUUCCAUUCCUGGCGAUAGCGUCGUCAUUCGCACCGUGAUCUUCCAGCCAGGAGCACUUAUCACAAGCAUCAUGAAACUGUUGGUGUUGGCAGCCCUGGUGGGUAUGGCGGCAGCUGGCCGCCUGGAUAAGUCGUACCUGCCUCCUGCGGGUGCACCCCUGGCCGGCGGAGCACAAGGGGCCAUCGCAGCGCCGUUUGGCGGACCUGGAGCUGGUGGAGUCUUCGGAGCUAGAAGGCCUGGUUUCGGAGGAGCUGGUCUCGGUGGUGCUGGCUUCGGAGGACCUGGAGGUCUCGAUGGUCUUGGUGGUCUUGGUGGUGUAGGCCGAGGAGGUCUUGGUGCUGGACGAGGCGGCCUUGGUGCUGGUCUGGGAGGUGCAGGGACUGGCGCCGGUCUUGGAGGUCUUGGUGGACUUGGAGGCGCCGGUCUCGGUGCUGGGCGAGGUGGCCUUGGAGGCGCUGGUCUUGGUGCUGGCCGAGGUGCAGCCGCUGGUCUUGGUGGUGGUGCUGGCAGAUUCAUCCCAGGCGCUGGUGCUCCAAGUGGACCAGUCAUUCCCAUCCUCCGAUACGAAAAUGUCAACAACGGCGAUGGAAGCUAUGCUUUCAGUUACGAAACUGGAAACGGCAUCGCCCAGGACGAGCAGGGCUACCUGAAGAAUGCUGGAAUUCCUGAUGCUGAGGCGGAGACCGUGCAGGGCCGCUACACUUACACUGGAGACGACGGCGCGCAAUACACCGUCACCUACACCGCCGAUGAGAAUGGCUUCCAGCCGCAGGGUGCCCACCUCCCCACUCCGCCACCAAUCCCCGAGGAGAUCCUUCGCUCUCUGGAGCAGAAUGCCGCUGAAGAGGCCGCUGCCAUCCGGGCUGGAGGAGUUGUCGGUGGCGACUACACUGGCGCCGGUGGUGCUGGAACUGGAGCUGGUACAGGCCUCCGUGGUGUCGAUGGUGCUGGUGGUGUGUUUGGUGGUCGCCCAGGAGCUGGGGUCUUCGGACGGCCCGGUGCUGGAGCUCGCCGACCCGGUGCCCUGCCCAGUUACUCGGCGACCAGCGGUUACUCCUACCCUAACCCUGGAAAGUAAGGGUCCGGAGGCUUCCAGCUGGCCUGGAUGUCCAAGACGCUCUCUUGUCUUACCUAGCUGGACAUAGCCAGUGCCACAAUCCACUGCCCACCUACCACUUUCUCACAUGAAUGCGGACUUCUUUUGCCACUGUGUCGACUGCACAGACUCUGACAAAUGUUCAAGUAUACCUGACGAAUUCACUGUUGUCUUAGUGGAACUUAAAGACAACGCGACAGUCGGAAGCCUUCUCGCUGUGUCCUUCUACCUUCUAAAUAUUAGAGCACAGCGGAAUAUACCUUAAGAUUUAGUGCGCUAUGACAAUAUUUUGGUGCUCCUACUGACUAAUGUCGCGAAAACAUCACUUGUAAAUAUAUUAAAUUAUUUCUUACUCCUUUUCUAUUUUUUACUGCAAUGUUCAGACAGUAAAACUUAUGACGACAAUGGCAUUGUGCGUGGCAAAGUUCGCGACUAGCAACUCGUGUUCUGUGCCCAUAAAAAGACUAUUU